GCUACACCCUUCAACUAAGCCCUUGGAUCUGUUUCAAAACAGGCCGCAUCCAUUCACCUUGUGGAAGCCUUCUUGUGGGCGUUGCCAGCGGGUCUUGAUCUGCAUCUUAACACCCUAGCACAACGGGAGCUGGCAAUAAGUUGAGAUAGACAACAUCGACAUGUGACAACACCAGAUCACCAUACCAACCACCGAGAGUGAGAGUACAUGAGCUGCCUAUGGAGGAGGACAGUAGGCAGUGCAGGGGAUGAACAGGGAUGGAAUCUUCAUGAAGUUGACAACCAUUACCUACAAUCCAGAGACUCCCCCUUCUGUAUCGUUGCGUUCUUCAAACGCAUGCCUACUUCGAGGUAUUGGCGAAAGCGCUUAUAAAUUCUGCUUGGCUGCUCACCCGUCAGUCAUACUGCCCAUCUACCCGUCAGCAAGUUAGCAUGGGCUCAAGCGUCCUUCCGCACGUAGCACUCUUCCCUUUCCUGGCCAAAGGCCACACCAUCCCCUACAUCCAGCUUGCGCACCGCUGCCGCUGCCGCCGCCUGGCCACCGUCACUUUCUUCACAACCCGCGGCAGCAACGCCGCCUUCGUCCGGGCAGGGUUGUCUGCCUUGGUCGGGCCGGACGACGACGACGACGACUCGGCCGUCGUGGUCGUGGAGCUCGAGUUCCCAGCCGAUGGCGCCCAUGGCGUCCCGCGAGGCGUCGAGAGCGCCGGGGGGCUCACCUCGGUGACCUCCAUUGUCCCCUUCGUCCAUGCCGUGUCGUUGCUCCAGCCACAGCUAGACGCUGCCCUGCAGGCCGCCCAGGACACGUCUCCGGUCAGCCUCCUCAUCGCCGACCCGUUCCUGCACUGGGCCAACGCGUCGGCAGCCAGGAUCGGCGUGCCCAGGGUCUCCUUCUUCGCCACCUCCAUGUUCAUGCACGUGAUGCAGGAGGAGCUCGUCCCCCGCCACAACCCCUUCGCCUCGCUACGGCCAGGGGAAAUGGAUAACCAUGGCAACCCGACGUCGUGGGCGGUGCCGGAGUUCCCUCAUAUCAGGUUCACGUUCGAAGACCUCAUUGCGCCGCUGGGCGAUGACCCGGCCAUGGUGGAGCUGGGCAGCAAGGUCCUCGAGACCAUAAACGGAAGCCAUGGCCUGAUCGUCAACUCCUCCCAUGUCCUCGAAGGCUCCUACAUCGACUUCUGGAACAACCAGCACCUUGGGCCCAAGGCCUGGCCCGUCGGCCCGCUCUGCUGCUUGUCGCCAAAGACCACCAACGGCGGCGGCCCACGUCCGCCGUGGAUGGAGUGGCUGGACAGCAAACAGGCGUCUGGCCAUGCCAUUCUGUACAUCGCGCUGGGGACGAUGUCGGCGAAACCAGAGCCGCAGCUGAGGGCACUCGCAGAUGGGCUGGAGCGGGCCGGUGUGGGUUUCAUCUGGCCCGUGAGGCCUGAGGACAUUGAUCUAGGAGCAGGGUUCAAGGAGCGUACCAAAGGGAGGGGGCUGGUGGUGAGAGAGUGGGUGGACCAGCCGGAGAUCCUGCGGCAUCCGAGCGUGCAGGGCUUCCUGACUCACUGCGGCUGGAACUCCAUUCUGGAGGGCGUCACAGCCGGGGUGCCGAUGGCGGCUUGGCCCAUGAACUCUGACCAGCCUUUCCAUGCCAAGCUUGUGGUUGAUGACCUCAGGAUCGCGGUCCGGUCGGUGAGGACGAGCGAUGGGACGCUGCGUGGUCCGGUCACUGGCGAGGAGAUCUCGGAAUUGGUCAGGGAGCUCAUGCUGGGUGAGGCGGGGAUCGAAGCGGCAAAGAAGGCUGCGGAGCUGUCGGCGCUUGCUAAGGAUGCCAUGGCAGAGGGAGGGUCGUCAUGGAAUGCCCUGGAGGAGAUGAUCGCUGCUCUCUGUGUGCAAAGAAACAUACAGGAGAAUAAUUAGGCCUGUCGAUGUUUGUAACCUGUCAAAAUUCAUGAACAAAAAUAAAUCAUGGGUAGAAACUUAUCCUUGUAGAUUUUCUGCAUAUAAUAUGAUCAAUUCAUGAGCUGUGUGUUAGAAUCA